UCAAAGGUACUUAGUUAGCUAUAUAAAUAGAUAGCUGUGGUUUAGACUUGUUCGAUAACUAUCACUUUUAUAUCAUAAUACUUUACAGUAUCAGUAAAUUUUAAAUACAGAUAUAUAAUCAAACGUUAUUUACAAAUUGCAAUACAUUCUAUCCAGAGUUUGACCAGUGUAGAUGGAUAUCAAGUGCUAAAUAUUGUGGUAUAAGUUUAAAAUAUUUUUAAAAUGGCCCCAAAAGAAUUAGACUAUAUUGAGUGGGCCAAUCAAAAGGCAGCUGAGAAAAAAACUCAUAUUAGUUUUCCACAGCUGAAGUAUCCUUCUUUAAGGGAUGGAGGGUUCAGAGAUGCCAUACAAUGGUUGGAAGGAAAAGCCUUGGAUGAUGGAGCUGAAGGCUUAUGGAGGGUGUACGAUGGGAUUUAUGAUUUUACCGACUUUCAAAAUAAACAUCCCGGUGGCGAAGAAUGGUUCGAGCUUUCUAAGGGUACAGACAUAACAGAGGCAUUUGAAAGCCAUCAUUUGAAUCCUGUUGUAGAAAAAAUGCUGGACAAAUACUUCAUCAAGAAGGCAAAAACUCCACGAAAUUCACCAUUCACUUUUAAAGAGGAUGGUUUCUAUAAAACAAUAAAACGCGCAGUAUGGGAAGAACUUAAGAAAAUUCCUAAAAGUGAUGCAAAGAAAACAAAUAUGAUUAUUGAUGGCCUUCUUAUAACACUAUUGAUCGCCUCAGCUGUAGCAUGUUGGAGUACUAAUUACUGGGUUGUGAUGGUAUCUUACUUGAUAGCUGGCCUGAGUUUAGGAUGGAUCACAAUCGCCGCCCACAAUUAUGUGCACAUGAAAACAAAUUGGAGGAUGUACCUUUUUAAUUUGAGUUUAUGGUCUUAUAGAGACUUCAGAGUAUCUCAUGCUCUUUCGCAUCACCUCUUCACAAAUACAUUAAUGGACUUAGAAAUUAGUGCUGCGGAACCUUUUUUGUUGUGGAAUCCACGAAAGAAACCUUUUUACACAAACCUCUCACUUAUCAUUGAGAUUGUAGUCUUUCCUCUAUAUUUUAUUAUGAAUUUCAUGAAAAGAUUCAUCAGCAAUUUCGUUCGCAAAGAUUUCUUCAUCCGUCAUUACAAGUGGCACGAUGGAAUUGGUUUCCUCCUUCCUCUUUGGAUGUACAUCGUCAGCGGCGCAACUCUCUAUCAAGUCGUUGUAAUGUGGCUUUGGAUCGUUUGCACUGGCAGCCUUAUCUUCAGCGUUAUUGGUACCAAUGCUGCUCAUCAUCAUCCUAAUAUCUUUAAAGAUGGAGAUCAACUAAGAGAAAAGACGAUCGACUGGGGGAUGCAUGAACUCGAAGCUGUGAUGGAUCGGACCGACAUCACUGGCAGCCACUUCAAAGUGUUGACGUUCUUCGGUGACCACGCUUUACACCAUCUAUUCCCAACUUUGGAUCAUGGUAUCCUAAAACAUCUGUAUCCUGUAUUUUUAGAACACUGCGAAAAAUUCAAAGCUAAUUUCCGAAUGACGUCAUCGUUUGAUCUCUUCAUUGGUCAAUUAAAAAUGACAGUGAAAGAAACUCCUAAUGUUUUGAAGGACUCAAAAUAAAUCAUGUAAAAUUAAACAA